UCCACCAAAUCACGGUAGACAAAGCCAAUAAUAUUAUUAUCAUCACAUGUAUACAAUUAUUGAUAUCAUUUGUUUUGUUUAUGAAUUUGAAUGAAUUAUAUUGCAAACUAAGAAUGAUUAUAAUUCUUUUAUCUAUUUACAAACAGAAUGUGUUGGGAAAAUCAAGCUCCACCCUUUAUGCUAUUGCACUCUUAGCCUCAGGCCAAAGCUCCACCAUAACAGGCACUUAUGCGGGACAGUAUAUUAUGCAGGGUUUCUUGGAUCUUAAGAUGAGAAAAUGGUUUAGGAACUUAUUGACUAGGUGCAUUGCCAUCACGCCUAGUCUUAUUGUUUCGACCAUUGGUGGAUCACAGGGAGCUGGUCGUCUCAUAAUCAUCGCAUCGAUGAUACUCUCAUUUGAACUUCCAUUUGCUCUGAUGCCACUUCUUAAAUUCAGUUGUAGCUCUACCAAGAUGGGGCCACACAAGAAUUCAAUUGUCAUAAUAGUGAUCUCGUGGAUAUUGGGUCUAGGAAUUAUUGGAAUAAACAUAUACUAUUACCUAAGCACAGCCUUUGUGGGAUGGUUAAUUGACAACAAUUUACCAAAAUUUGGGAAUGUGUUGAUUGGAAUAGUAAUUUUUCCUCUAAUGGCAAUGUAUAUAAUUGCAGUAAUUUAUCUUACACUUAGAAAAGACAGUGCAGUAACUUUUAUUGAGCCAUUGAAGGAUGGUCCGACCCAAAUGGAAGACGGGUUAGCCAAAUCGGAUGAUCCAUUGGAGAUGGAUCGUCUGCCUUAUAGAGAGGAUUUAGCUCACAUUCCACUGCCUGAAUAGAGUAGUUUAAAUUAUUCUAUAAGAGGUUUGUUUUUUCAUGUAUGAAGUGAAAUUUUGUUUAGUUUGAUUUUGGACAUUUUGAACUCUAGCUACAAGUUGGCUGAUGAAAAUAAUUUUGGACAUGUUUGCUUUCA